AUGCAUGGAGACAGCUAUACGCUUCGGAGCUUUCGCUUCUUUCGUAAAGGCUGUUCUGGGAUUCAUGCCUCGAGUAGAGGUGUCAAGGUGAUUUUGAGCGGGCACUCGCUCGGUGUAAACGUUGCCCGGGCAGUAGCAGGCUACUUGGAGCGCAUGGGUGUGGAUGUCUUUGCCAUCCUGGCCUUGGACCCACGCACCGGUCCAGAUCUCUCGCCUUCAGGUUUGCCGCUGGCUGUGACAAGCAGUUUGGCCCGCUGCAUCCGCCUAGAGGCUCUGCAGUUGUCAUGCCAUGCACCCUACGUGCCCUUCAUGACAAUGCCUCAGCGGAUGCUUUGCUACAACCAUGAGGUUUGGAGAAACGCUACAGUAGCCAUUGAGAGUAUGAAGAUGCUGUCGAGCACCACCCACAAUACGCUCGCAAACACCCAUUUCUGGGACAUUGCAUUGGUGGUCAAAGAGGUUAUCCAGCCUGUCUGA